CGCAAAUGAUUUAAUGGGGAGUCCCACUACACAGAAAGCAAGCUUUAUCAUCAGAAGAUUGAACACAACGCUUGUAUUACGAGAAAACUAAAUAAGCCUGCAGUUUAGGUUUACUUAAACUUCUAAUUGGUUGCAGUCCACUGUAAAGUAAAGAAGGAUGAAUCAAGUAACAGCAUUAAAGUAUCUUUCGGGAUUUGGCAAUGAUUUUUCUAGUGAAGAUCCAAGAUGUCCAAACUCAUUGCCUGAGGGUCAAAACAACCCACAAAAAUGUCCUUAUGGACUUUACGCAGAGCAGUUAUCUGGUUCAGCAUUCACUUGCCCAAGAGGUAGCAACAGAAGAAGUUGGUUGUACCGUAUUCUACCAUCUGUUAAGCAUGAGCCAUUCAAGCCAUAUAGCCAACCAAAGUCAGUGGGUGGAAUAACGCACGCAUGGGACAAUGAGCAUCCAAACCCAAACCAAAUGCGCUGGAAGCCAUUCAAAAUGUCCUCCGAAAAGCUGGAUUUCAUUGACAGCUUGUCAACAGUUUGUGGGGCUGGAGAUGCCAAGUCUCGUAAUGGAAUCGCAAUUCAUAUUUACUGCUGCAACUCCAGUAUGGAUAACAAAGCAUUUUAUAAUUCUGAUGGUGAUUAUGUCAUAGUUCCACAGCAGGGUGACCUUCGGAUACAAACCGAAUUCGGUCUGAUGGAUGUGGCACCAAAUGAGAUAUGCGUCAUUCAACAAGGCAUGAGGUUUAGUGUUGAUGUUUCAGGCCCAUCGAGAGGUUAUAUAUUGGAGGUGUUUGGAGUUCAUUUUCAGCUGCCUGAUCUUGGACCAAUUGGAGCGAACGGUCUCGCCAACCCAAGGGACUUUCUGACUCCUUCAGCAUAUUUUGAAAACAAGAAAGAACCCUACUCCAUAAUCUCCAAAUACCAAGGAGCACUCUUCGUAGCUCAACAAGACCACUCUCCAUUUGAUGUAGUUGCGUGGCAUGGAAACUACGCACCAUAUAAAUACGACCUUGAAAAGUUUAUGGUGAUAAACGCGGUAAAAUACGACCAUCCAGACCCUUCUAUUUUCACAGUUUUAACCGCUCAGUCAACUCGUCCUGGAGUUGCAAUCGCCGAUUUUGUCAUCUUUCCACCAAGAUGGUCUGUUCAUGAAGGCACCUUCCGUCCACCUUAUUAUCACAGGAACUGCAUGAGUGAGUUCAUGGGCAUCAUCAAGGGUUCAUAUGAAGCAAAAUCUGGGAGCCUCCCUGGUAGCGCUACUCUACACAGUGUUAUGACCCCUCAUGGUCCUGAUGCUGUUGUCUUUGAAAAAGCUUCCAAUGCUGAGCUUAAGGCAGAGUUCAUUGGCAAGGGUGCGCAAGCGUUUAUGUUUGAGUCCUCACUGAGCAUGGCGCUCACAAAAUGGGGCAACGAGACUUGCGAAUGUGUGGAUGGUGAUUACUUCAAAUGCUGGGAAGGUCUUCAGGUGCAUUUCAAUGGCAAGAGAGAUCCAGAGGCCACCUCUGAGUAAUUGUGUAACAUAAACAAUUAAAGGGAAUAACUGUGUGGUUAAUUAUAUUUUUUCCAAUAACAGCAUUGUACACAUUCUAUCAUGUUAUAUUGUUAUAAAAAAUCAAGUUUUAAUUAUUCAACUUACUGUUUAUUGUUUUAUGCUGUUUAAUUUUUCAAUUCACAAUAGAGUAAACUUGCUUGCCUCAGUUUGUCAUGUAAAUAUGAAAACUGCCCUGCUUCACACACAAAGUAGCAAUUAUAGUUUAAAACUCACAAUCAAUUUAAUGAAAUAAACUCUAAAUGUUUUUGCAACUUCUGGUUUUAUUGACUGGGUAAUAUACAUCUUUUCGUACUAUCUUUUCUAAUUUUUCUUUUAUCCCAUUUUUGUUCCAAUGUAAUUUGACCUGCACUGUGCUUGCUUUAUUUUUAACAAUUUGUUGAUUUUUUAAACUUCAGUAGAUACACAAUUUACCCCUGUUAUGCAGGCGAUGGUUGUUAAUUCAUUUCGAAAAUUUUCCCGGACCUUCUAUGUACAUGUCUAUUUAAUGCGCUUUGUGUGUAUUAGA